AUGAUCGAAAAGAGUCUCUCUUCCUCAUUGGAAUUCAAAUCAUAUCAAGAAUGGAACGGCGACCGUCCAUCACAGACCCUGAUAUUCCGCAACAACGGCUCUUCAUGGUGGAUCAAAGUUGUCGUGGAUUGGUCUUUGCCAGAAUCGAUACUACACCUUGGCUAUCUCAAACGCCGGUGUUUAUUCCAAACAUUUGUUGAAGCGGUUGAUUUCAGUCAACUACAGCUUUUGGAAGAUACAGUGACAAUGCUUACUUUAAGCUUCACUGGGCAGAGGGAUAACUCAGUCACAAUCCGUGAUAGGCAUCGAGCUAUACCGAACUAUUUCAUUGGUGUUGCCCAUCAAAUAUGCUGCAAGAUCACGGAAGAUCCAAGGAGGGUCAUAUACCCGACUUUUGACCGAGAUCGUUAUCAUCCAAUAUUCGAGGCUAGUUAUCUACGGGAUAUCAAGGCUAUCGCUCCGACAAUCUCUACGGUCUUCUUCAAUCAACAGAAGUUUGCUUAUAAAACGAUCGACCGCCCUAUCUAUGAGCCCGGAGACACAAACCAUAUCUUAGACGAGAUCGAUGCCCUUACACAACUCCGCGGACAGCCAAAUAUCGCGCAAAUAAUUGGUACAGUUGUAUCGGAGAACCCUUAUAAGACCUACCCGUCAACCGAUAUGCCAGCAGUGAUCAUAGGAUUUCUUCUCGAAUACUAUCCCGGAGGGUCACUUGAGGAAAUCAUCAGGGAGGCUACGGUCCAAAGCGGGCUGCUAGUGCAAUGGGCUCUACAGAUUGGAAGAGCUUUGGAAUCGUUGCACACUAGAGGCCGAAGCCAUCUUGAUAUAAAACCCUCAAAUAUUGUUUUUGAUGAUAGCAGGAAUGCUAUACUCAUCGAUAUCAGUGGGACGGGCGGUUAUAUGUGGGAAUGGCUCUCUCCGGAGAUGCAAAUGCUCAUUCAACAAAACGGUGAAAUAGUUCCUGCCAACACUCCAUUUGAGGCACGGGUUGCUACAGACUCUUGGGCUUAUGGAAGAUUACUUUCAACGAUUGCUGAGAAAUGCGGCACUGGUAGAGAUGAAAACCUACAGUUGGUUGCUAGCGGUCUGACAAAGACAGCCAUCGAAUCUCGCAUUUCAUUAAGUGACGCUCUUGCAAAGCUGGAACAACUUGUGUGUCGCGCAAAAUGA